AGUCUUCUCAAGCCAACAUGACAUGUGGGUUUCGUUCGUCUGUUGCGUUUAGACAGUGUGAUCUGCCGUGAUCUGCCAUGAUGGCAACUGCGGAUUCGUGCCAGUGGGACCAGUGGGAGUCGGAACUGCUUCAGGUGAGCUCCGAGUUGAAGCAAAAACUGCUGGAUCCUCACUUCGUGGCCAUGCGGUGUGAUUUGGACGGCUCAGGGGAUCUAGAUGUGCAUGAACUGAAGCAGGCAGCGCAAGUCUUUGGGACGUUUCAAUCCAGGCAGAAAGAUGAGGAAAGACUUCAGGCACUGAUGGCGGGGCAGCCGCGGAUCAGCAAGGAACGGUUUGCUGAGAUUGUGGCCGAGUUGAAUCAAUCUGCAGAUUUUGCAAAACCACUGAGAACUGUCCCACACUCCUUGCGGGGUAUGGCAUUGGGCCAGUUGAAGCGCCUGGAGACCAUGUUCAUCAAGUCUGGCUGGUUGGAUCAGCAGUGCGAAUCGUUCAAUCAAAGCCAUCGGAUGGCCAUCCAAGAAGGUAAAAGAUUCCAGCAAUGCCCCAAUCUUUAUGCCUUUGACACCUUUGUGGUGACUCCUAUGUCCACCCCAGGCCAUUGUGCAGCCCGCGAACAGGAUGCUCAACAAACUAUUCCCUGUGCCACUCGAGCAUCCUCCUUUUCAGAGUUGCUGAAUCCUUAUGGUCUUUACGUCCACUCUUUUGUGUCGCACUAUUGGGGUCACUUGUUCAGCAGCACGGUAAGGGCUCUUGGCCUUUGGGCCAAUGGCCACUCCCAGAGGCUGCAAGUCGGCCACAUCGAAUCGGUGGUUUUUUGGAUUUGUCUUUUCGCUUUAAAUCAACAUGAUGUCACUGCAGAGGUCGGCCAGAAUCCCAGGCAGGGACCAUUCAAUGCAGCUCUGGCACAAGCCGCGGCUGGUGCUGUGAUGGUUCUGGAUGAGCAAAUCAACCCGUUCAAACGUAUUUGGUGUCUCUUUGAGGUAUCUCGCCUCAAAGACUUGCAAAAGCCAUUUGAGCUGAUUUGUGACUUGGGACCCUUUUCAGAGCUUGACUCGCGUGCAUCGCAGUCAGACGCUGGAGCGACAAAGAUGCUGCAAGCCACCUGCCAGGCUUUGUGGGAGGUGUCUGCUUCCAAGGCUCAAAGUUCCACCGAGGCAGACAAGUACAGAAUUUGGGCAGAAACUGCAGACAGACAUUGGAGGAGUAUUUUAGAGCCAAGAACUGUCAAAGAGUUUUUCGACACUAUCGUUGAUAAAGAGGGGCUUGAUGGAUUGGGCGGGCUUUGUUUUUCCACUUUCGAUGACUAUAUUCGCUCGCUGCUGUCCACCAGCAUGCUUCGAGUUUUACUUGCUAGGGGCGACUAUGUGCCAGCAGCAGAGUGUUGUCGAUAUGGAGCAUCCUUCACCGAAGAGCAGCUGAUUGAGAUUUGCACAAGUUUUGCCACGAUCAAAGAGCGAGCAGCCUGGUUGAAUGUUUUGAUCAUGAAUGCAAGGGAGGCACCUACGGCGGAGCUGCUUCUGAAGCUUGGCUCAGACCCAAGGGCGACAGACAACGAUGGUAAGACUGUGUUGAUGUUGGCUGCUCAACGGGGCCAUGAGUCUGUGGCAAAGGUUUUGCUGGAGAAUGGUGCAGAGAUAGGGGCUGCCAACAAAGCUGGUGCCACUGCGCUGAUGUAUGCUGCUCAAGGUGGUCAUGAGUCUUUGACAAAGCUACUGUUAGAGCAGAAGGCGAAUGCAGGGGCUGCAGACAAAGAUGGUGUCACUGCGCUCCAGCUUGCUGCUUUUGGUGGACAUGAGCUUGUUGCAAAGCUGUUGUUGGAACAUGGGGCAGAUACACAGGCAGCGAACCACACUGGCAUCACUACGCUGAUGUAUGCUGCUCAAGGUGGCCAUGAGUCUUUGGCAAAGCUACUGCUAGAGUAUGGUGCCAAUGCAUGUGUUGGAAACAACACAGGUGGCACUGCACUGAUGAGUGCUUCUGAAUGUGGCAAUGAGUCUUUGGCGAAGCUGCUGCUGGAGAAUGGUGCAAACGCAGAUGCUACAAAUGAGGAUGGUUCCACUGCCCUAAUGUAUGCUGCUCUUGGUGGCCAUGAAUCUUUGACAAAGCUACUCCUGGACCAUGGCGCCAAUGCAAACGCCGCAGACCAAAAUGGCUCUACUGCACUCCAACUGGCUGCGUUUGGUGGCCACGAGUCUGUCGCGAAGCUGCUGCUUCAGAAUGGUGCUAGUGCAAUGGCUCCUGAGAAUGCAGGUGUUAGUGCGCUCAAAUAUGCAGUUCAAGGCGACCAUGAGUCUUUGGCGAAGCUGCUCCUGGAGUAUGGCGCCGGGUAAGAAACCUUGCAAAACUUGGGAGAAGGUGGUGUGGACGCCUUUCCAUUUGCAUACACUGGUUGAAGACCUUACUACUUACUGAUUGUGUACAUGGUCCCUUUGCUUUGCACUUCCAACCAUUUGUACAGCCUCUUUCAGGAUCGUUUGAUCGCGACACAAAAAUAUCAUAAGCCUGAUGAGCUCCAAGAAAGACCGAUUGAGGGAGAUUGGCUGUGAUUUCUGGUUGUAUAUUACCUGGAUCUUCAAAACGGC